AUGUCAUCCUCCCCUUCCCCCUCGACACCUACUAAUGGCAACACAUUUCUCAAUGCCGCCUACCGUAACAUCUCCGCCGAUCCGGAUAAGUCCAAAAUCUCAAGAUUGAUGAGUCACGUCAACACCCACGCCCUCACUCAGCAUAUGCCGGCGUUCCCAGGAUAUUGGAUGAUGCAGACGGACCCUGUGGGUAUUACUCAAUAUGUAAGGUUAGAUCAGGUGACAGGUGAGGGAGGGCAGACGGAAAGUGGAACAAGAGGGAGGCUGAAAGGGAAUUAUCCAAGGACGAAGAGUAUCAGAUCUAGAGAGGAUCAAGAGAAACAAACAGAAGAUGAAGGUUUAGGGACUGGCGUGAUUACGGAGUUGACAGAUAUUGGUGCAUAUAUCAUUCCUAUAGAAGAGCGUGAUUCAACGAUCACUAAUUCGGAUAGCAAGGGUACUAACAAGAAGAAGAAGAAUAGUAAGAAGAAUAAAAAGAAGAAAGGGAAACAAUCGAUUACAUCCAGUACGAAUACUGCGGAGGAAGAAAAAGAGGAGGAGGAGGAGGCAGAGGGGAGGGAUGAUGAAGAGGAGCAAAAGAAAGAUGCAAGCGAUGUGUAUGUGGUCCUGGGUAGUAAUAACGAAGCGAGCGGUGAUGAAGGCAAAAAAAAAUCGGUGAUAGAAGAAGAGGCAACCGAAAUCAUCACGAAAGAUGAGAAUUUCCAAGGUGGGGAUGACGAUACACAAAAUGAAACGAGGGUCCUUUCGCCACCGCCAGAGCCAGCCCAACCAGAGGGGAAAGAAGAACCAACAAGCAUUAAUCUCGAUACUCAAGUUCCUUCUCAAAGAGCUGACGAUAUCGUACCUUCGACUUCUACUUCACCCAUCAAAGUCAAACUCCCACCUCCUAGCACACCACCUUCUCAACCAAGACGAUUCGAGAAUAACAUCAUCUACUUCGGCGAAAUACCCACGCGAUACUUCAACUCCGCCGAACAAGAACCGCUCUCGAGAUCAAACUCUACAGAAGAAGGAGACAUCAAUACUCCUAUCAUCGGCUCACUUGAUACCUUCUCACAUACACCCGAAUCAAUCACUCCUCGACAAGAACCCAGCCCAAGUUCAAGUAUGUCUAACCCAACCCCACCUCAAAGUCCACCUAUUGGCGAGUGCACGCCUCAAGUCUCGUCAAUCAACAUCAACAGGGUAAUCUAUUCGGAGCCUUCUUCUGUCAUCACUGCAGAAAGACCACUUACACCUCCUUCCGAAGUAGAUGAGGACGAAGAGGAUGGUAAAUUGGUAUUCCCCUCUGAUUCACCUCAAGCUACACAACCUCAUAUCAUCUCAAGACCACUCGUCAACCCACCUCCCAUACCUUCCAUCACGCUCAACACACCGACCUCCCCCGCGAUGUUCACCUCUACUUUCCAUCCUUUAACCCAUUCAUGGACGAUGUACUUCUCCAAUACAGCCCAUCAGCACCAGCGAAAGGCAUCGAUGCCAGCUCUCUCUCCACUCAACCCACUCAGUUCCCAUCCAAACGCUUCCGACUACUCGUCUCACCUCGUCACCUUGUUCAAAGCUGAUAAUUUGGAAGAUUUAUUUGGGGGCUGGAAAGCUCUGAGACGAUCUAUCGCCAAGUCCAAGAGGAGAGAGAUUGAACCGAUUGGAGAUAGUGUUCAGAAGGGAGGACCAGGCUUGGGAACCCACUUGUUCCAGGAGGAAACAAACAUUUAUAUAUUCAAAUCUCAUAUCAGACCGAUGUGGGAAGAUAAGUAUUGUCAGAAGGGAGGGAAGAUCAUGAUUGCUGGAGAAGCUAGUGCCAUGGACGACCUCUUCCUCGAAUUGAUCUUCUUACUCAUCUCAGGCGAUCUCGAAGAUGAAGUCCCCCCUCCUCCAGGAUCUUCCUCUACAAUCUGUGGGUUAGUUUUAUCGAGAAGGAAAUUGACCAGAAUCGAAAUGUGGUUAGGUGGAGAGAAUGUUAUACCUGAUAAGAGAUGGGUCGAACAGGUUACUAGGUAUAUUCAAGUGAAGUUCAAGGAAUGGAGAGUAUACCCUUAUAAGGCUUUUGGCAAGAGCUGA